CCUUGAGCCAUGACAUCAUUAGCGGAAAUCAUUUUCACUGAACCAUUCUGCCGUCUGAGCAGUUUCACGUGCUGAAUGGAUUCCUAUACGCCGACAGACUCCACACGGAUCCACACCCUCAGAAACGCAAUGCAAAAAUCAUUCUGUGAAAAAAGGCUGGACCCGAUAACUUGAACGGGAGGGCAGAAAAAAAAAUUGUGUAGCGACAGUCGAUAUUAAAACAUGCAGAGGGAGAGCUUGGGGCCUUCCUCUGGUGGAAAAGAUACUGCAGAGAGCUGCAGUCGGAGAUGACUAUUACAUUAGUAUUUUCCCCCAGCCCAUUGAUUUGUGUAUGAAAACAUAGCGCUUUUAUUCUCCCCCUUCUGGGCUCUGCUUUUGAGUGAUCAGCUGAUGAAGAGACUUGCAGCCCGCCGCUAUGCUGGCUUGCUAAUUCUCUCCCCUCCAGCUGCAGCCGAUCCUGACAUCCAGCCUGCAGAUUGCAGUCAGGCUGAGCGGAACGGGGCCUUGAAUGACAUGGAGGAGGACAUCAGUGCAAAGAAACGGAAAAGCCAUCACCACGGAAACAAGACGGCGGAGAUUGGCCACGAGGCGGGUGAGAAGGUCAAAAGGAAGCGUGGGCGCCCCCCGGCAGAGAAGCUUCCCCCCAACCCCCCCGAACUGACGAGACAACUCCACACACUGGUCGACAUGGUCAUCAACUACAAGGACGGGUUGGGACGUCAGAUCAGUAAAGGCUUCGUUCAGCUGCCGUCUAAGAAAGAGGUCCCCGAGUACUACGAGCUCAUCCGCAAGCCUGUGGACUUUAGAAGGAUCAGGGAACGAGUGCGUAACCACAAGUACAGGAGUGUGGGUGACCUGGAGAGAGACAUUGUCCUGCUGUGUUUGAACGCCCAGACCUUCAACCUUGAGGGUUCUCAGAUAUUUGAGGAUUCCAUUGUUCUCAAGUCCGUUUUCGAAAGCGCAAGACAAAGAAUAGUCACUAACGAGGAAGGGGCGGUUGAAGGCACAGCCGUCCGUGAGGAUAAUGGCGGCGGAGAUGCAGAUCAAUUUGUUUCAUCAGCAGUACUCCAUUUUGUAGGGAGAAAGACACCAAUGCACAAGAAGGGGGGGCUGAAAAUGGAGAAGAGUAAAAAUGCCACAGCCAAGAGGCUCCACAGUGACGAGGACAGCGAGGAAAACCUUGAGGACAAUACCACUAAAGACCAAGGUGGAGCCUGACUGACCCUUUUUCUACUUUAUGGCCUUUUUUGUUCUCUUUGUUUGUUCAUUGAGGCCUGUUAUUUAGUUCACCAAUUAUGUAUUUACCGCUUUGUAAAAGGUUAAUGAAAUCAACGGAAUGGGUCAGGCUAUGAAGAGGGCUUUACACUGAAGUUACCAUGCUUUUCCUUGAGUUUGUGUAGCCUUAACAAGCAUAUCUUUGUGCAUAAGGCAAGCUAUUUUUACCAGGCCUCUAAUGCAAACACUGCAUAUAUAUUGUAUCUAUUGCUUCACUAGAUCAUAUUAUUCUCUUUAUUAAUCGUUUUUGUAUAAGAAAGUAGACCUGUGUCUGAAUUGCCUUCAUAUGUCUUGGAGCAUGAUGAUGUAUAGCUUCUGAGACGGACUUCGCUCUCAGAGAGUGGCGCUGGUUGACGACAUUGUUCACGUGUUUAUGUGUGAGGAAUGAGUGAGAAUGACUAGGCCUUUGAAAUGACAUGUACAAUGAAUACCGAUGGAUUGUUUUAAAUCUAAAAAAUUGAGAAAAAAAAAAUGAAUAUUGUCAUAAAAGUUCACCUCUUUAUCAGUACUAAUAAUAACCCUUGCGUUAUGCUUUUUGGAUUUGUGUGUGACACUUUAACCAAUUGUAUUUUUGUCUUGGCAAGUCCCUGUUCGUACGCAGGAACUAGAACAAACCACACCAGGGGCCUGCUUUUUGCAAAGUAAAAAGUGAAUUCUUAUGGCUCUGCACCAUCAAAAGAGUCUCGCGAGUGACUUAUAUAAAUGUUGUCAUUUUCUUGUUUAUAUAGUGUCAAGCCAAGACAUGUUUCUUCCCUGUCUACUGUAUCUUUAAAAGGCAUCGGCAGAAUAUUAGCAGAAUAUUUGAGCAAGUUUCUGAAAUACUAAUUCAGUGUCAUGAGAGAGACAGACUGCAGAGUUUCUAGCCAGCGGCAACACAUUCUGUAACCCGGGGGCAGGGAUAUAUUGAUGUUUCAGAGUAAAGUAAACAAUGCAGACACUGUAUGAAAGAUCUGAAUGUUUGUAAAAAAAUGCAUUGUCAAAUAGUUGGGGAUGCAGUCAAACAGCUUCUUGUAUGUACCUGGUGCAGCAUCUUGGCAGGACACUUAACAAUGCAGAAUAGAACAUUGCCUGUGUGGUUAAACAGAGAAUCUUUAAUAUGUAUUUAUCUUGUGAAACGUGAAAUUUGAAUAAAGUACA